UACCCCAUUCAUUCUAGUUCAAAACCCGACGGCGGACGGUACACACACGCACACCGCGUAAAUAGUUACGGCGCGCCGCUAACAGUCCGCGACGGUGCGAUUUUAGUUUUAAGCUCGUAAAAAAACAAUACACACGCGUGCGCGGGCGUGCAAUAUUACGUGCAUGCAUCACGUUAAAUUUUAUACAAAGGAAAAUAAACGCACGUGACAACGGGUCCGCCGCAAAAAUCUCCUCGUUUACGGUCAACGUUUUAUCAUAUCGGUUUUUAAAAAUAAUGUGAACACACAUCUUCGUCGUUCAUUCGAUUUGCGUGUAUUGUUUUUUUUUUUUUUUUAUAUAUGUUUGUUUUUUAAAUAGGUCUGCGGGUGUUUUUUGUUUCUUAUCAGACCUCCCGAGUCGGCUUUUGUUUUUGAAAUUUAAAUUACCUUUUUUUAUCGCUCGCGCAAUAAAAAUUUACGGUGUGCGUUCGAAAAACAAUGCGCGCACCUCUGGGACCAGGAAAUUCCAUUUGAAACGUCAUUGCCGUUCUAUCUUUGGAAACUAACGAAUUCCGACCGUGCCUUACCUAUUUACCUACGAUCGCCUAUUAUAGGUACCUCUACUCAUCAAUACUUCACACGGCAUUAUCCUUGACUUAAACGAUGGGAGACAAAUCUCGCAAGAAUAGUGUCACUCAGGACGUGGAGGCUGCUAAUGGAACAACAGAACAACAACAACAGGUGGAGGCCGUGGCCAAAGCCGUGCACGGCCACCCCGUAUCUGAACAUCCGACUACGUAUUGCGAGACGCUUAUGCAUCUCUUAAAAGGGAACAUCGGUUGUGGUAUGUUGGCCAUGGGAGAUGCAUUUCGCAACGGAGGCCUCUUGAUGGCGCCAAUUCUCACAAUUUUUAUUGGAACCGUGUGCAUUUACAACAAUCACAUACUGUUAAACGUCGCCCAUAAACUGAAGAGCCGACUGAAACUCGAACACUGUCCGACAUUUUCGGAGACUGUUGAACUGUCCUUCGCAACUGGACCCAAGAGCUUGCAGAAGCACGCAGACCUGUUCAGGACCACGGUCAACGUAUUUGUCAUAAUCACUCAAUUGGGAUUUUGCUGCGUGUACAUAUUGUUUGUAUCCAACUCCAUUAAACAGUUUUGCGACGAAUACGGAACCGUGCUGGACAUCCAUAUCCACAUGAUAUUCGCUUUGGUGCCCAUAAUGUCAUGCGCCAUGAUCAGAAAUUUAAAAUUCAUCGCACCCUUGUCAACGGCCGCCAACAUAUCGAUGGCCAUUGGACUAGGAAUCAUUCUUUCAUACUGUCUAGUCGACUUACCGACUCUCAAUUCCAGAACAGCUGUGGCUCAUUGGUCACAAAUACCCCUGUUUUUCGGCACGGCCAUUUAUGCUUUCGAAGGCAUCAGUCUAGUAUUGCCCCUGCAAUUGGAAAUGAAAACACCCAAUAGAUUUGCGUCUACCAUGGGAGUGUUGAACGUUGGUAUGACUAUUGUGACAUUUAUCAUAUUAACCAUGGGCUUUGUGGGAUUCUGGCGGUUCGGCGACGACGUCAAAGGCAGUCUCACGCUUAACCUCCCACCUACUCUCAUCCUUUCAAAAAUUGUAGUCGGUCUAAUGGUAUUUGCAAUCAUCUGCACAUACACAUUGCAGUUUUAUGUGCCAGUCGCUAUCUUAUGGCCGUCGGUACAAGAAAAAUACGGACCGUUCCAAUCACCCGCCCUCGCCGAAUACCUCUUGCGCGCCGCAUUAGUAUUUGCUACAUUUUUAGCGGCAGAAGUGAUACCUCAUCUAGCAUUGUUCAUAUCGUUGGUUGGAGCCAUAGCCAGCACAUUCUUGGCUCUAAUAUUCCCGCCCAUAUGCCAUAUGGUUGUCUGGAAAGACGAAGGAUUUGGAGCAUUUAAUUGGAAACUCCACAUGGACAUAAUUACCAUAGUCUUAGGCCUGUUAGGAUUCGUAACUGGUACAUACUUUAGUUUACACGACAUUAUUGUUGCGUUUAGCAAAGAUUUUGGUUUUCAUUGAUCAAAAUGGAUGCAAAUCUCAAUCACCUAAUAGACUUAGUAAAUGCACUGUUAUAUUUUUAAAUAUUUUAUUAUUAUGAUCUAUAUAUAUUAUAUUGUUGAGUU